GGGAGUGUUUAUAAACAGUAACUCGAUAGUCACGAAACAGAGACAACAUGGGAAAACUUACGCUUUACGGAAUCGAUGGAAGUCCUCCAGUCCGCUCGGUCCUUCUCACCCUGAACGCCUUGGGUGUGGAAUUCGAGUACAAGGUCGUCAAUCUGCUGGAGAAGGAGCACCUGAAGCCGGAAUUCCUGAAGAUCAAUCCCCUGCACACCGUGCCCACUCUGGAUGACGAUGGUUUCUACUUGUCCGACAGCCAUGCCAUCAACUCCUAUUUGGUGAGCAAGUACGGCAAGGACGAUUCCCUGUAUCCAAAGGAUCUGCAGAAGCGAGCCAUCGUCGAUCAGCGCCUGCACUACGAUUCCAGUGUGGUCACAUCUACGGGCAGAGCCAUUACCUAUCCGCUUUUCUGGGAGAACAACUCGGCGAUUCCUCAGGCCAGGAUCGAUGCCCUGGAGGCUGUGUACAAAUCGCUUAAUUUGUUCCUGGAGAGCGGCGAUUACCUGGCUGGCGAUACUACUAUUGCCGAUUUCCACGUGACUGCCGCCAUAACCGGAUUUGUGAUUUUCCUGCCCGUGGAUGCCGCCAAGUAUCCCAAACUGGCUGCCUGGGUACAGCGCAUCAAGGCACUGCCCUACUACGAGGAGGCCAACGGCUACACGGGCUGCCCAAAUCAUCGAUUUCAUCAAGAGCAAAAACUUUACUAUUGUCUAGAAAGCAUUCGAUAUACUCAAAAAUCUUGGAUCAUGUCUGGAAUUGUGCUGUACGGACUGGACAUUAGUCCGCCAGUGAGGUCCUGCCAGCUGACUUUGCGGGCUCUGGACUUGGAGUACGAGUUCAAGGUGGUGGAUCUGCUGGCCGGGGAGCACCACAAGGAGGAGUUCCUCCAGAAGAAUCCGCAGCACACCAUUCCGCUGCUGGAUGAUAAUGGAGCCCUCAUCUGGGACUCACAUGCCAUCGUUUGCUACUUGGUGGGCAAGUAUGCCCAGACGGACGAACUCUAUCCCAAGGAUUUGGUGAAGCGGGCCCAGGUGGAUCAGCGUCUGUACUUCGAUGCCAGUGUCCUGUUCAUGGCUCUGCGCAAUAUCUGUGCUCCGUAUUUCUACAACAAUGUCACGGAAAUUUCGCGGGAGAAGGCCGACAAUGUGCGCGAUGGUUAUGGCCAUUUGGAGACCUUUCUGGGGGAUAAUCCCUACGUUGCCGGCGAUAAUCUGACCGUGGCGGAUCUAUGCUGUGCCGCCACAGCCUCAUCCCUGCCGGCCUUUGUCCCACUGGAGGCGGAGAAGUAUCCGAAGGUCACUGCCUGGCUGGAGCGCCUCCAGGAGGAACUGCCUUACUACGAGGAGGCCAAUGGUGUGGGGGCCAAAAAGUACGUGGACUUGCUGAAAGACCAGCUGACACUUCUAUAAACAUGGGUUCCCACAACUGCCGAAGUGCGUGACCGUAUCAAUUUUUAAAACAAAUUGAUGAAAAAUGUUCGUCAUUGCCGACACUCGGCCAAAAAAAAGGGGGGCGUCAAAUAAACUGCAUAAAGAAUUCAUAACAAAA